CUGAAAUCCAUAUGCUAUCUAUUACAGCGUAAACUGGAGUAUAAGUGCAAGUUCGAUUCGCAGUGCGAAAUCAAUAAGAGUACUCGAAAUGUAUGCCAGUACUGCCGAUUCCAGAAAUGUCUGGAAAAUGGCAUGUCCACAGCACUGGUAUUGAAUGAAACAGAACGACAAGCGAAACGAAAUCUGAUUCAAGAAAAUCGAACGAAACGUGAAUUGGAACGAAUCAGGGCGUUGAUCAAGGCCACUUCACUGAGUUCGAGACAGGAGGAAUUCAAGGCUACAAUCGAUCAGAUCACAGCCAGUUACUGCCGGAUAAUCGACGUCCCUCUACGUGUAGUCAACAAUGAUCGCUUUCAAAAAAAUAAAUAA